UUGCUUCACUUUUCUCAUUCCAGAAAAAAUGAUCUAGCCUGCAGGCCUCAUUCCUGGCAUGCUACCAAAUUCACUGAAAAUCGGCUUGAAACAGCUGCAUCAAGACUCUCCUCCACCAAUGUCUGUGCUUCAUGGCCCUCUCAGUAUCAUUCAAGUUCCUUUGAUCUUUCAAAUUCAUGGAAUCAAUCAAAUCUACAUCGUACCUCAGGCCAAUUCAGCUCUGUGGGAAGCAUGGAUAUCUGGGAUCACACACCCCAAACAUAUCAGUAUGGACAGAUUUCCGCUGCAAAGUCCAAUAGCAGCAUUGAUCAUCUGGGGAAUCCCAGCAAAAGAGAUUCUGCAUAUGGUUCUUUUUCUACUAGCUCCAGUACACCUGAUCACACAUUGUCCAGUGUAGAUGCUCUGUCAACAGAGAACGUAAUGCAUAAAGUGGGCAACUGGGAAACGGCAAAACAAGGGAAUAGCAAGACUGUUUCAUUUCUGAGUGAUAAUGGAAGAUUUGAAGAAAAAGUUAACUCCUUUGCAACUCCACCACAAUACGAAAACAACCUAAGUUCACGACUAGAAGACCAUACUAAUUCAGUCUAUUCUGGGGCUGGACGAUCUAAUUUUGUACCUGUAUGGUAUGUCCCUGAAGAAAAAAAGUCUCCUUCCCCUCCACCUCCCCCACCCCCUCUCCGUAGUGAUAGUUUUGCUGCUACCAAAAGUCAUGAUAGAGAUCAUGCACCUCCUCUAUACUCAGAGGGCAUUCAGAGCCCCCAGCAUUUUGAAGGCUUACAUAGGACACCAAUCAGAAAUGAUUGGAGUGCUGAAACUGCUGAAGAACAAAAGCGAAUGAUCAGGUCAGUUGAGAAAACCUCACACAGAAGACGAGGAAGCAGCCCAAUACAAAGACCUGAUUUUAUUCCAGAUUAUGAUUUCUCUUCCCCAGGUGACAGAAUAAACAAUAAUAUGGAACAUGCUAAGAGGCUGCAUUCUUCUCUGUCUAGUACCGAUGUUCGAUUUCCCCAGUCUGUUUAUGAGUCUCAGAACCAUCAACAUCAGCGUCAAUAUAGUGAUGAAUAUAGUUUCUUUCACAAUGCAAAAGCCUCUGCAUCAUCUAAAGAGCCAAAAUGGCUCUUUUCUUAUAGUGACAUUAGGGAAAGGCCUUCUGAUAAACAUAACUGUCAUCUAAACCAAACCAGGAUUCCUAGUACCUCCACCACGGCAGUUUCUGACAUGAGUUCUGAGGAAAACCCUGGACUAAAUCAUUAUUACUGUGUAAAAGCGAAGCAGCAGCCUGCUCAGGGAACCUCAAAACCAUUACAGUUGAAAAAUGAACGUAGGAAUUCUGGAACAGAAAAACUUGCUGCUUCUGUGUCAAGUGAGAAUCCUGUCAUAACCAUGAGCCAAAAUUCUAAAUAUUCUCUACCUCAGCAUCUUACUGAGCCUUCUCUGCAUACAUGUGAAAAGAGAGCUCAUUGUGUAGUUAAUAAAGGAGAGGAUAUUAAAGCUGUUGUACUGGAAGAUUCUAGGAAGAUAAAUUACUCUGAGAAAUCAGGUCAGACUUUUGAAGAAAAUCUCAGUAGUCAUCAAGAAUAUAAGGAUGGGCAGGAGUAUUUUCAGGUGUCUGACACUAAAAUAGCCCCAAAAGAUUUCAAAUGGAAUCGGGAGAAGAACUAUCAUAUUUCUCCCCAAAAGACCCCAAUGUUGCAUUCUUUAGCUCAGGAAGAGAAAAGGCAGAUUAAUGUUGCUGCCGAAAUUGGGAUUAAUAAACAGACAGCAUUUGAUCUUCACCUAAGCAAAAAUGCAAGAAGGAGUGAUCGUUUUGCUACCACACUGAGAAAUGAAAUUCAAAUGAAGAGAGCAAAACUCCAAAAAAGCAAAAGCACAGCAGCCUUAGUAGAGCCAACUGAGGAAGAGGAGUAUGCUGAGAACUGGAAGCAUGAUUCUCAAGAAAAGGCAGCUCCUUCAUCAGAAAGUUGUUAUUCUCACAUGUACAAAGAUAAUCUGAAAGAGGCCCAAGCCAGAGUCUUGAAGGCCACUUCUUUUCAGCGCCGAGACUUGGAACCCAAUUCUGCAGAUUAUCUUCCAAACCGAAAGACAAAUAUAUAUAAUACUUCUCCAUUGACUUUAGUUUCUGAAGAUGAAUUAGGUUUUCCUGACCUUAGGCAGUCUUCUAAAGAGAUAUCACUGAGUAAUGCUGCUCACCAGCUUUCACGUAUUGGUGCUAGGAAGAGAUUUACUGCAGAACAAAAGUUAAAAUCUUAUUCUGAACCUGAGAAAAUAAAUGAAGUGGGUUUGUUGGAUGAUAACUGCCAAACACACCAUCGUCCAACUACAUCAGAGGAAGCUUUGGAAACUUUUGCAGAUAAAUGGAAGUUUUUUGAAGAGACUAGUAAGCCAGUCUGUCAAAAAUCUUCACAAAGAUGUGCAUCCUACUUUCAUUCAGAAGCAGAGUCUGCUACUCCUCGUAGAAAUUCUAAUGAAAUUGAAUCUGGAGGAUCAUGGUCCAAAAAAAGAAUGCGGUCAGCUUCUUUUGGAGUUGAGAAUGUGCUUUGUGCGUCUGAUACACCUAAUGAAACUGUACGUUACAGUGGCCAUAUUGCUAAAUCAAGACAACCUCAGAGGUUAGAAACAUUUGCAGAAUACCAGGCAUCUUGGAAAGAACAGAGAAAACAUAUAGAAAGCUGUAGUUCUGGAAAGUACCAUUCAGCUGAUAAUAUCCUUGAUGCUGGCCUCGAACAACUUGAGAAGUCUCAGUAUAAACAUGAACGGUCCAGGUCAUCUCCUUCUACUGAUUCUUACAAGCAGGAAACAUCAACAGAAGCAAAGAGACAUACUGAAAAAUCCAGGAAAGAUGAAAAGCUUAUUUCCUCCGUUGCAAAAUCAGAUGAAAGCAGCUGCAAUUUGAGAUCAUCUGAUAAAGAGUACUCAGAAGAUUUUCUGAGAGAACUCACAGCUCAGGAGGACUACAGUUCAGGAAACAAGUGGAAAGUAUCUGCAAGGUCCUUUCAUGCAGAAUCCGCCACAAUUACAUCACAGCAGAGCCGAGGCAGAUCUGGGACAUUGCCCAGUGAUUACAGAUACUCACAGGAAAAUCUAAAUGAGAAAAGCAAAGAUUAUGGUGCUUUGCCUCUUAUGAUUUCUGGACUACAAAUAUCAGAUAAGAACCAGCACUGUUUAACACAUAUCAAAGCAGAAGAAAAUCUACAGGGGAAUUCUAUACUGCUGAAUAAGAAACAUGGCUCUUUUCCUCAGAGGCCACCCGCACCCAAACAAGAUAAGAAACACAGGCGACAGGAUAGUUUUUCAGCUUCACUUGCUUCAGAAUCUUUACUGACUGUACCCAACAGAUCAGAUCAGUCUUCCCCUGCUGCUACCAAUAUAGCUAUAGGCACAUCAUCACCUUCUCAGGUUCCCUCAAAAAAUUCUGGAAAAUUUAUAAGUGCAGAGUCUGGGCAGUUGGCAUCAACAGAAAAUGUUUUUCAGCAUUUAGAAGAAAAAAGACAUCUCAAAUCUGAACCUCCCCUUCCUUCAGCUUAUCGUUACCAUCUAAAAGCUAGAAUGGAAGCAUCAAGAUCCCCUUCACCACAAUUUGCUCCACCAAAGCUGACUGAUAAGCCACCUGUGCCUGCUCAGGAUGAAAAUUCCGCAAGAAUUGAAAGAGUGAUGGAUAACAAUACAACCGUAAAAAUGGUUCCAAUCAAGAUUGUACAUUCUGAGAGCCAUUCAGAGAAGACAAGCAGACAGAAUCUUGGGACCACAAUAGAGCCUCCUACUUUACCAAGUGGCUUAGAAAAAGACCAAAUCAAGACACUUAGCACUUCUGAACAGUCCUAUUCACGUUUUUGUGCUUAUACGAGACAAGAUGUGGAAACUGAGCUUGAGAACAAAUCAAACCUGUCGUCUUUGCAACCUAUUGAAAGCUUUGGGAAGAACAUAAAAGAGAAUGACAUAUCCACCCAUGCAGUUAACUAUGUGAGAGCCAAAGAAAAGACAAUUGAGGACUGGAAAUCAGAAGAAUUAGCUAGAGAAAUAGUAGAUAAAGAUAAAUCAUUAGCAGAAAUUUUAGACCCAAAUGUGAAAAUAAAAACCACAAUGGAUUUAAUGGAGGGAAUCUUUCCCAAAGAUGAACAUCUCUUAGAAGAAGCACAGCAUCGCAGAAAAUUUAUUUUAAAGAUUUCAGCACCCAAAACUGAAGAGGAAAACACCUCUGCGCCCAAGGCAGAACUUCUGAUCAAGAUGAAGGAUAUGCAGCAGCAGCAGCAGCAGCAGCAACAGCAAAGUGAGGAGGAUUCUGAAAACGAGUUAGACCACAAUUUGUCUGAGAAGAAGCAAGAGCUUAUAGAUAGCAUUAGUCGAAAACUAAAAGUGCUAAAAGAAGCUCGAGAGACACUCUUGGAAGACAUUCAAGCCAAUAAUCUUCUUGGAGAUGAAGUGGAGGUGGUGGUAAAGGAGGUCUGCAAACCCAAUGAAUUUGACAAGUUUCGGAUGUUUAUUGGAGACCUAGACAAAGUGGUUAACCUCCUGCUAUCACUCUCUGGUCGACUUGCCAGAGUAGAAAAUGCAUUAAACAACUUGGAUGAAAACGCUUCUCCCGAGGAAAGGCGGAUUCUAGUAGAAAAACAGAAAUUACUCACACAACAGCAUGAAGAUGCAAAGGAGCUGAAAGAAAACCUGGAUCGAAGAGAACGCAUUGUCUUUGAUAUUCUGGCCAGCUAUCUGAGUGAUGAAAGCCUUGCCGAUUAUGAGCACUUUGUCAAAAUGAAAUCAGCCCUCAUAAUAGAACAGCGAGAGCUAGAGGACAAAAUAAAACUUGGGGAAGAGCAACUCAAAUGCCUGACUGAAAGUCUCCAGCCUGAAAGACCCAAAUAAUGAUUCAAUAAUCCUGGGACUUUGUUUUACAUAGUUUUAUUUGCAAACCUUGAAACCUUUUAUAGUUUUUUAAGACAGAAAAGAGACCAAUAUACACAUGAGCACUGUUCCCUGAUUUCCCAAAAGGGAAUAAGAAAACUCUUUUAAUUUUAGAGACUUGGAGAAAAAGUACUUGCAUUAAGCAGACAAAACAACUUUUCCAACACUAUGAUUAGGCUGGUGAAAUACAUUGGCACCAUUGUACAUUUAGAUACUUUUUUUAAAAAGUAAUUUUAGUCUUUUCAAAAUUAUUUCAAAACCGUUUGCUCAAGUAAACUUUUAAUUAUAUCCAAUUAAAAUAAUUCAGAAUGUACCAAUAAAUUGGUAUAUUUCUGUGGCUUUGUGAAUUUUAAAGUUCUAAUGAAUUAUAUCUAUAGUUCAUUAAUUUAUCACUUCAGUAUUGAUGGCUCUGGAAGAGAUAAGAAAGACAACUUUAACUCAAAGCAGUUUUCUUAUCUGAAUAAAAAACUGAAGGAUUGAUUCUUAUAAGUCUAAGUUUAUAAUAUAGUGCAAAAUUAAUACGACAUUUCAUUACGUACUAUUUGCCAGGAGUUGUAUUAGUCAUAUAUUUGUAGAUUGUUCUGCAUAUUCUUCAUCUAUAUGUUUUCACCUGAUGACUUUGCCUUUAAGGAUCAAUGUUUGUCCAGUGACUGCUAUAAGCUCCUUGUUUUACUUGGAUACCUCUGUGCUUUGUUUUUAUUAGCAAAUGAUAUAACAGUUUGAUCUUAUUUUCUAGUCCAAUCACAUGUAGGGACAUAUUAACACUGUAAUCUAAAAAAAUAUUUUUAAAAAGCCACUUUAAAACCUUUUACAUGAUAAGGAUGCAAUAACUGUUGAUGUAUUAACCAACUUAUAAGUAAUGUUCCUUAACAUUAAUGGAUGUUUGUAAUGAAUAAAGAUAAUUGUUAUGUCUUUUCUAUAGGGUAUUUUUAAGACUUACUGAGAAAUAAUUUACCCAAAACCUUGAGCCAGUACUGCACAGUACCCUCAUUUAGAAGUUAAAUUAACUGCACCAUUACAAAAGAACUUAACUGUGAAUCAUUCCACAAGAAUAGGUACAAUUUCAGCUGUUCUGAUUACUCUAGCAAUAAAACGGUUAGCUAUAGAAGAACUAGCCAUAAUUGAUUCCACAUAAUCAUGAUUUCAUAAGUGGAUAUCAGUCAAUCCUGUGCAUAUAAAGCAAACCUAGGACUCCUACCACAACACGUGUUUAUAGGAUUGCAAUCAUGUAUUCUUGAUCGGUCUUUUCCCUCAAAUAUCAGUGCUAAUUCAUACAUUUGAUGCCAUUUCCUUCUAUGUUGUUAACAUUAUUUUAACAAUUUUUUCUACUACUGUAUUUAUAUCUGACAUCAUUGUGACAUACAUUCUCCAGUCCAUAUUAGACAAGUGUUCCAUUUUGUUUCUGGUUUA